CUCAGAGCGAGCUGUAAGUGGAUGACCGGGGUUGUCUCACGAUGGACAGAGAAACGAAAGGAGGUGCAGCUCAGCCGCCGGCGUGCUGCGAAGACACUGACAGGAUCGACCCCUACGGCUUCGAACGGCGACACGAUUACGAUUCCUACAAAGAGAUGAUGAAUGAGUACGUGACUGUCCUCAACAGAAGGUCGAUGAGGUGGUCCAAGCUCCUGCAAGACAAACCCAACGUGGAGAAGAACCUGACGGUGAAAAGAUUUGUGCGUAAAGGCGUUCCCAAUGAGCACCGAGCCAGGAUCUGGAUGGCAGCGAGCGGCGCUCAGGAACAACUGGAGAGUAAACCGGGUUACUACCAGUCUCUCUUAGCCAUGGAGCACGACGCCAAGCUGAAGGAGACCAUUCACACAGACAUGCACCGGACCUUUCCUGACAACAUCCUCUUCAAGAGCCGAGCAGAGGAGGGUCUGCAGAAGGUCCUGUUCAAUGUGCUGCUGGCAUACGGACACCACAACCAGGCCGUGGGCUACUGCCAGGGGAUGAACUUCAUCGCAGGCUACCUCAUCAUCAUCACCAAGGAUGAAGAGAAGUCCUUCUGGCUCAUGGACGCGUUGCUGGGCAGAAUACUCCCAGACUACUACAGCCCGGCCAUGCUGGGGUUGAAGACGGACCAGGAGGUUCUCGGGGAGCUGGUGAAGACCAAAGCCCCCGCGGUGGGACAGCUCAUGGCCCAGUAUCCCGGCAUAUGGACACUGGUGGUGUCGCGCUGGUUCAUCUGCCUCUACAUCGACAUCCUCCCCAUAGAGACGGUCCUGAGGAUCUGGGAUUGCCUUUUCUACGAGGGCUCCAAGGUUCUCUUCAGAGUUGCUCUGACUCUGAUCCUCCACCACCAGACGGAGCUGCUGAGAGCGCGCUCACUGCCCGACGUGUGCGAGUGCUUCAAGSAGAUGACGUGUGGGUCUUUCACGCUCGACUGCCACAACUUCAUGCAGAAAAUAUUCACAGAACCUGGGACCCUGUCGAUGACAACUGUUGAUAAACUGAGAGAGAAAUGCAGAAGACAAAUCUUGGAGGAGGAAUCCCGACAGCCGUGAGGUUUAGUCUCCUCCCCACCAAUUUUAUCUUCCUUAACUUGUUUUAAAUUAUAAAGCAAUCUAUGCAAACCUGAGUGAGUGUGCAACAGAACUGCCUGGAGGCAAUAAAACAGAAGAAAGAAGCCCCGUUUUGCUUGCUGCUCAAUAUAUUAGCAGAGCCUUUGGUUGAUUUCUGAUACUGUGAGGUACAAAGAUUUGUUACACUGUAAUUCAGCGGCCUGGGUGUGAAUUUUCUGAGCCUUUCCUUUAGAUUUUAUCUGAAAAACCUUUGUACUUUUCCUACGGUGAAGCUUAUUUUUAUUAUUUGCGAAAAGUAUUAGAAUCCCUAGCGUUAUUUUCGUACUUUAAUUGUUGCCACAUUUUUGUCCAAAUGUUCCCAUGAAGACUUUUGUGUCUCCUGAGUUGAACUGAAGUAAAAAUGUACAGCUUGA